CAACUGUCAAGUAUAUUAAGCAGUCUUCAGGGAAAUUACCCCAUAUAACGCACUGCAGAAAAUGUAAAUUAUGGAGGAUGGGAAAGAGACUUGAGGGACGGGACGCGAUCCAUACCAUACCCACACCAAACAUUACAACCCCGCGAACAAAAGAUCCACAUCCACCGUCAACAAGGCAGCGAGACGACCAUUGGAGGUUGGAAAGAAAGAAAGAGAGAGAGGUGUUUGUUUGUGCCACCAGACUAAAUUACUCCGACCCGACCGCGGCUGUCAAUCCCUCCCGGAUUCUCCGUCUGUAUGAGAGUGGAGCCCGAGGGAUGGAGCCCGGUAUGGUACUGUCACUCCCGUGACGAUUCCCACUAACGUUAGGUAAUAGACUGGACUGGG